GGCGUUUCAGAUUUUGAAUAUAAGUUGCUGUUGUAAAUGGGAUUUUGCGUCACUACCCACCCAAGGCGGCGUAAUUCUCCCGCCAUGAUGACCAUCCCACUUUAACCGCCCUCCCUCUUCCUCCUCCUUUGAAAGCCUCGAUCUUUUCAGAUUGCGAAGAAACCCUAAUUUCCCCGAAAGAGGUUAUGUCGGAACAAGAGUGUCCUCCUGCUUCAGUUAGAUCCACAAUGGCGAUGAAUGGAGCUUGUGAAAACGGACAACACGCUCUUGAUAUCCUUCCCUCGGUGGAUGAUGAUCACAGAGGUGUGGUCGUGGAGAUUAAGACACAGAUGGAUCCCGAGUGUUUUGUCACGGCGCUUAGAUCUUCGAUAGCUCAGUGGCGGCUUCAGGGUAAAAAGGGUGUUUGGGUGAAAUUGCCCAUUGCAAAUGCAAACCUCGUGGAACCUGCAGUUAAGGAGGGUUUCCGGUAUCAUCAUGCUGAGCCGUCCUACCUGAUGCUCGUUUACUGGAUUCCGAAAACUGCUAGUACCAUCCCGGCAAACGCUUCUCAUCGUAUUGGUGUCGGCGCUGUUGUCUUGAACAAUAAAAAAGAGAUUCUCGUAGUCCAGGAAAAAAGUGGUCCUUUACGAGGAUCGGGUGUCUGGAAAAUCCCGACAGGAGUCGUCGACGAGGGCGAGGAGAUCUUUGCAGCAGCCGUCAGAGAAGUAAAAGAAGAAACAGGCGUAAGCUACUUUCAUAUCUCACUUACAUAUACAUAUACAUAUCUGACUGUCUAUUUUUCUCUUCAGAUCGAGACGGAGUUCCAGGAGAUUCUUGCUUUCAGGCAAACACAUGCAACAUUCUUUGCCAAGUCGGAUUUGUUCUUCCUCUGCUUGUCAAAGCCCAUCACCUUCGAUAUCCAGAAGCAGGACCUAGAGAUCGCUGCAGCUCAGUGGAUGCCCUUCGAGGAAUACGCGACCCAACCCAUCACACAGAAGAGCGAGCUCUUCAACUUCGUACAGAAGAUAUGCUCGGAGAAGAUGGAAAACGGAUACAGCGGCUUCUCUCCACGCCCCAUCCGGUCUUUCUUCGACAACAAGUCUGGUUUCGCCUAUUCUUCCGGCAAACUUGAACUCUGACAAAGCCCAGUUCUCGAAACAACGAAAGGUCAUUUAUUUGAACCUCUCUUAUAUGCCCGCCUUUACCAUUUAUACACGUUCUUGUUCGUCCUUUUCCCCUCUCUCUUUUCCGUAGAGUCUCUGUCUCAGAAGAACAGCCACUUCUUCAAAAACCGAUUCUUGGGGAAAUAACAAAACAGGUUCAGAUCAUUACCGCGUCUCUGUUGUUUACAUUGUUCAAACCUUAAAAAACAGUUGAUUAUGGGUUUUUUUUACAGCCUUUAGUAUUAUUA